AAUGAGCAUCACAGACGUCCUCAGCGCUGACGACAUUGCGGCAGCCCUGCAGGAGUGCCAAGAUCCAGAUACUUUUGAACCCCAAAAAUUCUUCCAGACAUCGGGCCUCUCCAAGAUGUCGGCCAGUCAGGUGAAGGAUGUUUUUCGGUUCAUAGACAAUGACCAGAGCGGGUAUCUGGAUGAAGAGGAGCUUAAGUUUUUCCUCCAGAAGUUUGAGAGCAGCGCUAGGGAGCUGACAGAGUCUGAAACCAAGUCCUUGAUGGCGGCGGCGGAUAAUGACGGUGACGGGAAAAUCGGGGCUGACGAAUUCCAGGAAAUGGUGCAUUCUUAAAAACCCGAGGCUUUGGAGAUAGAGACAAUCAGCCGGAAGGCCUCCCAAACCCCUAGGAAUGGGAAACCCCACUCCUUCCCGUAAUUUAUUUAUUCAUUCCCCCUCACGUGCUUCUCCAAUUUGCUCCCUGUUUUAGCGAGGAACUA